AAUAAAUUGCCGUCUAUGCCUUUGCUGGGUACAAACAGAAGGUUAGCCAGGUUCAAAGCAGGACUUUUUUUUAUAGUGAUGGAAGUUUUCUGUACUGCCUACAUGGAUUUGUAGUGUUUAUGUAAUGAGAAGACAAUAUCAACUGUUUUAGGACUGUGUUUGGCACCAUGUCUGCAGCCCCCCAACUCCGGCGGACAGACUCAUCCCGGGGGGAGUUCUCCCCUCUAAAGCACUUUGUUGUGGCCAAGAAAAAGAUUAGCGAUGUGUUUGAACAACUGCUCAACUAUGUGAAAGAGACCUCAGAGUUUGUGGAAGACAUCAGUGGGAAUACAGCUUUGGAGAACGUUGCCACCCCGGAUCAAAAGUCUGAGAUCCAGGCCUAUGCGGACAAACUUGCAGUCAUUAAGGAGGUGCUUGCUCGGAGGCACAUGAAGGUAGCAUUUUUUGGCAGAACUAGCAAUGGGAAAAGCACAGUGAUCAAUGCGAUGCUGAGGGACCGCGUGCUGCCCAGUGGAAUUGGCCACACUACCAACUGCUUUUUGAGUGUGGAGGGCACAGAUGAUGACAGGUCUUAUCUGAAAACAGAGGGUUCUGAUGAGGAGAAGAGUAUUAAGACUGUAAACCAGAUGGCCCAUGCGCUCCAUAUGGAUGAGAGUCUGGACGCAGGCUGUCUGGUCCGUGUGUUCUGGCCAAAAACCAAGUGUGCGCUACUUCGAGAUGACCUGGUUCUAGUAGACAGUCCUGGGACAGAUGUAACGACACAACUGGACAGCUGGAUUGACAAGUUUUGCCUUGAUGCUGACGUCUUCGUGCUGGUGGCCAACUCAGAGUCCACUCUCAUGAACACGGAAAAACAUUUUUUCCACAAAGUCAAUGAGCGCCUGUCAAAGCCGAACAUCUUCAUCCUCAACAAUCGCUGGGAUGCUUCAGCAAACGAACCUGAAUACAUGGAGGAUGUGAGGAAGCAGCACACGGACCGUUGUGUUAACUUCUUGGUGGAGGAGCUGAAAGUUGUGGACCGGGAACAGGCGCCCAAUCGCAUUUUCUUCAUCUCUGCAAAAGAAGUGUUGAACUCGCGCAUGCAGCGCGCCCAGGGCAUGCCUGAGACCGGUGGCGCUCUGGCUGAAGGCUUCCAAGAGAGGCUGAAAGAGUUUCAAAGCUUUGAGAGAAGAUUUGAGGAGUGUAUCUCGCAGUCAGCAGUGAAAACAAAGUUUGAGCAGCACACUAUCAGGGCCAAGCAGAUCACUGAGAAAGUCAAGAGCAUCAUGGACGACAUCCACAUUGAGGCGGCGGAGAAGCGAGUUGCAGCUUUGGAGGCCAGAGAGAACCAAACGGACCGACUGGAGUUUGUCAAGAAUCAGCUCAACCUGCUGAUCGCUGAAAUUAAGAAGAAGAUCAAAGCUAUCAGCGAGGAUGUGGAGUCCAAGGUGUCCAUUGCCAUGGGAGAGGAGAUCUGUCGUCUUCAUGUUAUUGUGGAUGAGUUUCACGCCGACUUCCAUCCUUCACCUCAAGUUCUUAAGAUCUACAAGUCUGAUCUCCUGUCCCAUGUGGAGGAGGGUAUGGGCAAGAACCUGGCCUUCCGCUGCACCAAUGCCGUCAAUGCUUCUGUGCAGUCCACUCAGAAAUACAUGAUAGAGAGCAUGCAGCCUCUUCUUCCUGCCGCGGCCCAGAGUCAAAUUUGCAUGCUGGUUCCCAACCGAACGCUUGACCUGAGCUACGACCUCAACUGCAGCACACUUUGCAGCGACUUUCAAGAGGACAUUGAGUUCAGGUUCUCGCUGGGAUGGCAAGCUUUAGUCCACCGCUUCCUGGGCUCUGUCAAUGCGCAGAGGGCUCUCAAACUGGUAGAUCAGACGUCCCGAUCAGCGCUGCCCGUGGCUCAAACGCCAUCCUCGGGCCCGCCUUCCAUCGCAGCCCCCGCCAACAAUGAGGCCGCGCUCAUGAGCCAGGAAGAGCUGAUGAUAGCACUGGCCAACAACGUGGCAUCCCUAACUUCACGCACUUCCAUGACUGUUAUCAUUGCUGGAGGAGUGGUGUGGAAAACGGUGGGCUGGAGGCUCAUCGCUCUGUCGGCUUCUCUUUACGGCGUGCUGUACCUGUACGAGAGACUCACGUGGACCACGAAGGCGAAGGAGCGAGCUCUGAAGCGGCAGUUUGUGGAUUACGCAACCGAGAAGCUGCAGCUCAUCGUGAGCUUCACAAGUGCUAACUGCAGUCACCAGGUCCAGCAGGAGAUGGCUACGACCUUUGCUCGGCUCUGUCAGCAGGUGGACCAGACACAGAAAGAGCUGGAGGCAGACAUCCGUCAACUGACAGACAAGAUAGAUCAGAUGGAGAAGGUCCAGAGUCGCUCAAAGAGCCUGCGGCAUAAAGCGACAGAGCUGGAGAGACAACUGGAGGAAUUUACACAGCAGUACCUGCAGCCACAGGAGUGAAGAUGCUCCAUCUCCUCCCUCGGCUCUUUGGCUCUCAUGGAGCUCCUCAUUCCUCAGAUCAGAGCCCCGCUUACAAAUCUUUUACAAAAAAAAAACUACAACACCAGAAAACUCAACAACAAAAAAACAUUUCUACACAUUGGAAUGCAGAAAAACAAAACUACAAUCCCUAAAUAUGAUAAGUCUGGUUUCAAUUGUUUCUGUUUUUUUUUUUUUCUUUUCCAUUUCAAUAAAAUACAAAUAAUCUGUAAUGUUGAUUAAAAGAAUCUUAAUUUGAUGUGUUUCUCAGCCCCUCAGUCAUGAAACUGCGAUGCUGUAUUUUCACGUUAACAUGCUCUGGCACUCAUUUUCAGUAUGGUUCUUUCAGAUUACCUGUUAAAGAACACAUUAAGAUGGCAUGUUUGCUCAAGUAUUUGCCUCCAAACAUCAACUGCCUGAACAGAAUUUCACAAUAAAAGCAUUUAUUAGAAAACCCCCAAAUAGAUUUUAGGUUUAGCAAUCAAAUCUGAUGCUGCAUUUUUAACAACCUUUCAAAUAUUUUGUAAUAUUAUAUUUAUAUGUUCUAUAGUACAACAGUUGGGCCCGAUUAUUUUGUAAUCUUUUUUUUUUCUUCUCUUGAACAAAUGUGGAAAUACUCCCAGAAUGUAAUAAAUGGUUCUCAAACAAA